GCGCUCAACGUCGUAGGGCAGGCCAAAAAAUGUGCAGAUCCAGCGGCCGAAGGUCGGCGUGUGGUCAACUCGACGUCGACACGUGGCAGGGUGUGCUUGCCAGUGCCAUCCGUCAUCUUCAUCGCCCCGGGACGGUGCCAUAGCUGAGCUGCUUGCUCUUCGUCCUUAACCAUCCUUCCAACGAGUGGAAUGAGACAGACAUGCUGCUACGCACAGUUUUCUUUUUCGAAGGAGCCGUCCUCCUAAUGCGUAUACAUACACGCAUCUGUGAUCACAUCCGAGCAUGAACCCGGUCGUACCUGAUGAUGUGAUUGUUCUCGAGGAUGAUCCGGAGGAGGGAGAGGAGGAUGACAGAGAAGAGUGUGGGGGAGAGGCGCGUCAAUGCCGCGGGGAAGAUGAGCGUAAUGCUGUUGUUGGUCGUUAUGCUGUCGACAGUGAUGAAGAGGGCUUGGAUGGCGAAUGUCGGGAUCCCAAUGUGGAAGAUCGCGGUGAUGGUCAUGGUGAUGGCGAUGAGAAUGACGACGAUGCAAUCCUUAGGUCGGUGCAGGCAGAUAUCGGGAUCGGGUGGGGCCCAAGACGGCCCGCGACACUAUCACAUCAAAGGGCUUCGGACAGCGACGAAGACAAGGAUGAUGAUGAGGUCUUGGAGUCUAUCAAAAGAAGGUAUCGCCGUAUGGAUGACGAGAGACAUGGAGAUAAAGGGAAAGGGAGGAGUAAUGAGCGCCGAAGCGCUGACAAAUCGGAUCUGGCAGUCACGACGUUUGAUGAUCGCCAAGCUCGUGUACUUGGUCAUGAUUCUAGCAAUAAUGCAGGUUCCGUGGUUGAAAGACGAUAUCAUUCGGAAUUUGCCAAGAGGGCAGGCACAGGUUCUGCCGCGGCGAAGGUGGGGCGCAAUGGAGGUGCCAGCUACGCCAUCGAUUCUGCCGGUGGGGGUCCAAGCAUGGGUGUGAUUCGCCCGGACGCAGAUCCCGAUCCAGAUGGGGUAGAGCGGGGGAAACGCCAUCCAGUCAUCCCUAACGCGCACAAUGCUAUUGUCCACGUGUCAGAUCCACUGCCAGUGACGGCGGCGGCGGGAGCGGCGGCGGAAUGCGAUCCCAUUCUUCUUCUUCCAGCACCUGAUGGUGAUCAGUCAUCAGAUGCAGAUCGAGAUCCAGACGGAGAUGUAGAUGGAGAUGAAGAUGGAGAUAAGCAAGAAGUAAUCAAGGAGGCGGUCAUUGCUGAAGGGGGCAUAGGAGCCAUCGAAGAUGCUCUGGAGAAGAAUCGGCGUUGCCAAGCUGCCCACAGGGAGGUGUUAGAGAGGAUAGCUAUCCGGCAGAGGGAGAACGAGAGAAUUCUCAGGCGUGUUCGUGUGCUUCUAGGGUAUGAAAACUCUGUGAAGAAGCGGCGACAGCCUACUAGGGCAAUCCCAGGGGCUGCUGGUAAGGAGGACGAUGAGGAAGGGGUGGAGGCCUUGUUUGGGGAAGCGGAUGGGAUUGGUGCUGGGAUGCCGCUGGCGGAUCUCCUCUUCGAAUGGAAGAAAAAGUCGCUGAAGAAGAAGGGCAAGUCUGCGGCGGCCAGUGCUCCAGCUAACGAGGAAGGCGGAGAGCAGGAAUGGGGACUUCCUGAAAAUGCUGAUAUGAAGAAACUCAGGCCGGUGAUGGAGAGGCUGCCACUCAUAUUGGACAUUCGCAAAUGGACGGACCAGGAGAGAUCGAAGCUGAAGAAUGCAAUGAAGAUGAAGGCUCAAGAGAAAAUUCUCUCGGACUUAUACCAGGAAUUGGGGGAUCGGGACAUCACGCCGGAGAAGGCCUCCGAUUUGGAUCAACGUUUAGCAGAUCUCGGCACUAGAGAAGUAACGGCCGACGAACUGGCAGCCAUUGUUCCCAGCUUGGACUGGGAAGAUUUCGCCAGUUGUUAUUUGCCUUCACGAUCUGGAAUAGACUGCAAAAUCCAGUGGCUUAAUCAAGAUGAUCCUAAAAUCAAGCAAGGGCCUUGGAGCAAAGUGGAGGACAAACGAUUGCUUAGCAUUGCGCGCGAAGAGAAAUAUGUCAACUGGAGUAGGAUUGCAGAAAGACUUGGUUCUGGCAGGACUGCAGGUCAGUGCCUGACGCGCUUUCAACGAAGUCUCAAUGCGCAGAUCCUGAACAGCAAAUGGAUUCCUCAGGAGGAUGAGCUCCUCCGAAAAGCUGUUCGAAAGUACGGAGAACAUCGCUGGCAGGAUAUCGCACAAUGUGUCCCAGGGAGAACAGGACACCAGUGCUUGCACAGGUGGACGAAAGGGCUGAAACCGGACAUCAGGAAGGGGAAAUGGCUACCGGAGGAGGACAAGGCUCUGAUCCAUGCAAUUGGGAUGUUUGGUGUGAAGCAAUGGAGUAAGAUUGCAGCACAUGUGCCUGGAAGAACCGAUGUGCAGUGCAGGGAAAGGUGGUGUAAUGUACUGGACCCUGGUCUGAAACAGGACAGCUGGACCCCUGAGGAGGAUAAGAAGUUGAUGGAAGCGGUUGCUAAACAUGAAGUUGGAAAGUGGUCAGCUGUCGCAUCAGAGAUGCCAGGACGGACAGAUAAUCAUUGCUGGAGGCGAUGGAAGGUACUUCAUGCUGAGCAGGUGGGACCAUAUAUACGGUCAGUGAAAAUAAAACGAGUGGCUAUGGUUUCGAAUUUUGUGGGACGGGAGAGCGAGCGUCCUGAGCUGGGGCCUCAGGACUUCCGUAUCACAAAUUCUCUGGAAGAGUUGGAGCCCACUGCUACUGUAAAUCGCCGCCCGAAGAUGAAGCCCCGAAGAAGAUGCCGAGGCCAGUCUAUGGCAGGCGAAGCCGUUGACGAUGAGAAUGUCGAUUGUGCACUCUCGGCUGGCCAAGGUUCUGAAGCGGGUCAGUCAUCUCAUGAAGAGGCCGUUGCAGGCAGUGAGGCCCCAGUGCAUGGCAAGGGUAGGCAUGCUGGUAAAGAAAAACGGAGACGAGCAAUGGCGCGGAAAGUGCGCAGUCGUGAUGGUGGCAGUCUAGGGGGGGAAGACGGUAUGCUUGACGGGGCGCCUUCAGCCACACAAUCCGUUGUAGGCGCUGAGGGAAGUCCAGUGGAUGACAAUGCGACUUGUCCUGCUGUAAAUACAGGGAAUAAUCGAGUCAGAGGAGCCCAGAAGAAAAGUCGGCGCCGAAAUGUGGUUGCUGGCUUGCCUGAUUCCUUGAAAGCCAAUGGGACUAGGAAACGAAGGACAAACGCUGGCAAAGGUGGCCAACAGUACGAUGAGUCCCAACAGCAGGAAAGUACUCCGGCAGGCGAUAGCGCAGCAGCGAUGGGUCAGGAAGGUUGCCCUCUUGGGACGGAGAAACGACCUGCAGCGCUCACGUCACAGGAAGCAUUUGCAUUGCAGAAAAUCCUAGAGUGGCAUGGGCAUCUGGCAGGGAUUCCACAAGGUGGUGGUGCAUCAGUGGUGUGUGAUGUUGGAGACACUUCUGUGGAGGCCGGCGCCCCUGUAACUCCUCAAGAAAUGCUGUGUGCCAGAGGAGUGGCUCCUGCAAAUGGAGAAGCGUUGACUAGGAGAGGGGAAAGAGUGCAUGUGGAUGGCGGCAAGCGGCGCCCACGUAAACGAAGUGCACCUGUUUCGGAGAAGAACAACAACACUAGCGAACAGGAACCGAAUGGGAGAGGGAGAGGUGGUGGUGGUGGAAGAAGUCGACGAAAACAGAGUGCAGCCCUGUUAGAGCAGGGCAUUGUUGAAUGUGAGGAGGAAACAGUGAGGAAAAAGAGGCCUAGGAGGGGAGGAAAGCAUGCAGAUGAGAGAAGACCGCCCUCCACGAUUCCGACUGGUGAUGAGAACUCGCAAGUGAGAGAGGUUUCUGUUCUCUGGAAUGCCGACAAUGGGUUUGAGGCUGGAGCUGAUGGUGAGGAAGAGUCGCUUCCCCUGGCUUUACACUCUCCACUUGGGGCAGCAAGGGAGGACCUGGCCAUUGGUGAUGUAUUAUGUCGCAACGGUGUCGAUGACACCGAGGAAAUGCGCAUACCAUUGUCCAUGAGCAUGGGAAGUAAGACGCACAAUAAGCGUAAACGACUGAGCAAGAACCCUUUGGUCGACCUUGAAGCAGAAGCAGAUGGGGGCCACGGUGGGAAGCGGAAGAAACGCCUUUCCUCUGGCUUAGAGCAUAGGAACUGUCACAGUGAUGAGCCAGCGUCCCCAUCUGAAAAUGGCCAGACAAAGAAAGGCAGGAGGAGGAGGCAGAGCAAGGAAGACCAGACACAUUUUAAGCCUGGUGGACCACCGCAUGAAGUGCUGACAGAUGGUGCACCUCCGAUCUUGGACAAUCCUUCCCAAGAAGCAGCGAAUGGGAGAAAGAACGAGCGACGAAAUGUUGGUGGCAGAAGGCGAAAGGACCUUUCCUCCUCUGGUUUAGAGAAUGGAAAGUCUCCCAGAGCCGCCAAGUCACCAUCUAGUCAAAGUAGCCAGAGAAGGAAGGGAAGGAGACAGAGUAAGGCAGAAGAAGCACACUCUAAGCGUGAUGGCCCACCCAAUAAAGAGGUGAUGGACGGUAACCCCCUGAUCUUGGACGAUGCCUCCCAGCCAGUGUUAAUGAUGGCUAAUGAACACGGGACUGCAUCGAGUGCACUGGCACAAAGGGAAACACACUGUGAACAGGGUGAAGCACCUCUACAAAUAGUUGAGGAAGCAAUAGUCCAGCAAGACGAGAAUGGCAAUGUGGGACUGAAGCACCAUGAGUCGGGCAAUGGACAUGGAUGUGCAACAAGCAGGGACAUGGAGUGCUCGGAACACGGUUGUCUUACUUUAGCAGAAGUGAACACGACGCCAGUUGUUCCUCCAACAGGGGUGGAGGUAGGAGGAGUCGACUCUUCCAUGGCAGGAAUAGCAGCAGGCGCAAGGGCACUUGGCACCAUCUGUGACAGGAACAAAGAAAGUGUUAUUCUGGGUAGUCAAUCUGCGGGUGUGGCCAAAGCCUUUCAAUAUAAUGAUCAACUGGCUCGGUUGUACGAACCAGAGAGAGUUACUGCGGCACGGCAGAAAAGGAGAGAGAGGAAGAUGUUAAUGAUGCAGGGUCGGUCGCAUGGUGUUCGGAAAGGGAAGAAGGCCCUUCCCAAGGGGGAGGGCAGCGCCGACAGGCAAGUCGGCCGUGGGGGGUAUCUGGAGGGAGUGGAAAACCAUGUGGUAGCCAAGGAGGUGGCUGGCGGGAAGAAUCGUGUGGGAGUUGAGGGUGAGGGUGAUGAUGCCGGCGAGGUUCGAGAUGGAGGGAAUCCAACAGAUCCGACAGAUUCAACGGAGAUCGAGCAAAGAAAUAAUCUGUCAUGUUCCCGUGGGACAUCUGCUUUGCCUGCCUACCCUGCUUGGGCUGCAGCUUUAAGGCGCAGGGCAACUGGCUCUGAGGUUUCUCCGCGGUCAUUGCGACCCUCUGGCUACCUCCCUCCUUCACAGUGCUUGUUUUCUCCACGUCCGGUGGCAUCUUCAGGGAGGCCACCCCUUUUGAAUUGUUUCGCUGGCUUUUCUGGCCCUUACAGUCCGGCAGUUCGGCCUUCGCCAGUUCGACCACCAAUGCGACAGCCUACGACCCAGGUCUCUGCUCGCCCCCAUCCAAACUUCACCACGUUGUUGUUGGGUCAAACGAACAGUAAACCGUCAACGCCGUCACGCUCAUCCUCUUCACAGGAUGCUUCGUCACCCUUCAUCCCACACACAUCUGCAGUCUCUGUCCCUGUGCAGUUUGCAGGCUCUUCCCCUGGCAUGGCGGAGCGUGCUUCCAAUUCUCUGGCGGCGACAAGCACAACAGACCAACUGCCUCGUGGACAUAAGAAGGCCUUACCUGUUGCGCACUUACUGGACUUUACCUCUGCUGUCUUGGCGAGCAAUGCCGCAACCCGACUUACUGGACCAGAGACACCAGCUAUGCAUAAUUGCAACGAAGCAGAAUCUGGGAUGAAGCCAUCCUCAUCAUCUUUGCCGGAAAAUCCGCUGGACGACAGGGCACAGUCGUCAGAAUCUCCUGUUGAUGUUGAAUCGAGUGGAAGAGAAACAUGUCAACCCAAUGAUGGGAUUUGCUUGGAGGGGGAUGCUGCGGAGGCAGAAGGUAUUUGCGAUCUCGAAGAAGCAGAACCGAGGAUGAACCCAUCGUCUUUGCAUGAGACCCAACUGCUCAACACGUCACAGUUGUCGGGAGCUCCUUUAAAUCUUAGUUGCAAGAGAGCAGAUCAAUCGCACGGAGAAGGCUUGGAGACAGUGGCUGCAGAGACACCAGCUAUGUGCCAUCACAAAGAAUCAGAACAUGGAAUGAAUCCAUCAUCGUUGCCCGAAAGGCCACUGCCUAAUAAUACGAGAACAUUAUCACCGGCUCCCGCUGAUUCAAGUGGCAGAAAAACAGACCAGCCAAAUGGCAUUCGUUUGCCGAUACAGGCCGCGGCGUCUGGACAUGGUCUGCAGGAGACGGGGGUAUGCAAGUGCGCAGACAGAUCUUCUGCGGAGCAUGUGGAGGAGCCCUCAGAGAGGUCAUCAGAAAAGCAAUGCAGGUUGCCUGCCGGCAGUUCUCAGAGAGUGCUACAGAAUGGUGAGAGUGCAGGCAAGCAGAGAUGGAGAGCAGAAGAGCACUUUGCUGGAGCUGAGAAUGCAACUGCCACAGUUCAGCUUGACUAUGCUGGGAGAAGCCCAUCCAAGCUAGAUGCGCAAAGGUUCGUUGUAGCCACAGCGCAUAGUAAUCGUGAUGAAAACAUUUGUGGGAGUUUGAGUCACACGAUGGACAGUCCGGCGAAGAGCUCGAAUGGUCUAUGUGCCCUUCCUUACCGCUCUUCAGAGCACAACAGGUGCAUCGACUAUGGAACCGCCGUGUGUGAUAGCAACGCCGAGCACGCACACAGGCUUGAGGGAUCUGAUGCUGCUGCUGCUGAGGUGAUAAGGCUGCCGGCGGUGGGCGUCUCUGAGACUGUGGGUGCUGAGCCUGGCCAUUACGAGGUCAAUCGUGUAGCAAUGGGGCAAACCGUUCCCGCCAAUCCAAGUAAGGCAGGGGCCAAAGCAGCAGACGCUUGCAGCCCGAGAAAGAUGCGGAGGCUCUGCAACUCGAGUAGUUCGGCAGAUGGCGAUGACAGUGAGGUGAGUGCAGCCAGGCGCAGCAUGUCCAAGCGAAGACGAUGGACGAUCAGUGAUGGUCAUUGGUGUGGUGAUGUCUCGUCUUUCCUCGAAGGAAGAAGUCUAAACUCUAUAGAUGGUGCGGAAUCUAAACUAGUGAAGCGUCGGCCACAAGGAGCCACGGAGGAGGAAGGGGUUCGCAAGAGCCAUUACCCGAGCUGUGCCAGCGCUGACGAGGGCAGGUUUGAGCUGUCCGUGGGAUGUGCAACGAAAGGAGGAAAGGUGGAUGGCCUUAUCACACCGUUGAAAGAUAUACACACUGCUGGAGAGACAGGACGAAGGAGGGUAACCCGCGGUCGGUGUGCCACUUGCAAUCAGUUGAUAUCCACGGGUGAAGAUGAUGGGCCAGACACUGCGUGCAGCAAAGAUCCCAUAACUUCUCCUGGUAAAGCACCAGGAGGUGGUCCCCUGCCAGGAGGUGGUCCUCUACCAGGAGGUGGUCCCCUACCAGGAGGUGGUCCCCUACCAGGAGGUAGUCAACAGCAAUGGAAUGCCAAAACACAUGAUUGCCUAUUAUGGAGGGGUUGCCUUCCACAACUCAAGGGUUGCCAGCAGACAGAUUGGAGGCCUCUGAAGAGUUGUUGUGCAGCGAUUGGGUGCCGAAGGCGGCGAAGGGGGGAGUCGAUGAAGUGCUGCGAUGGCAGUGAACGAGGUGCGGGAGCAUCCGCAAAAACGUUUUUGCUUCGUGCACAGGCAACAGCGAUGGUUGCAAGCGGAGCUCCGGGUUUUGCCCCAUGUUGCUGUAUGAUUGAGAUGGGCAGCCUCGUGAGAAAGAGACGAGAAUUUGGAAAUGCACUUGUCACCAACAAGGCGAGCAAUCUCAAGUCAGGUGUGUCUGCUGCUGAGGAGGCGGUUUCUGGCAGGGAGCGGUCUGGAUGCCUUUCCGUCUCAUUAAGGAAACAAGAACCGGAAGUUUUGAAACUGGUUGAAUGGUUGUGGACAAUGUGGAGCGAUGGAGAGUAAGAGGGAUGGCUGGGCUACCUCGUCAAAUUGUGGGACAGAGUUGGCACUAAAGUGACUAAACGUUUUUUAGCGAACUUUUGAACUAUGAAGUGCUCCGAGCCUCGCGCAUUUGUACAGUUGUGGUGGGAAUUGUCUGUCUGAUAUAUGAGUUUUACGAUGGCACCGGAAGCAGAAAUGGCGUGAAACUGUUAAGAGUCUUGAAGAGGAAGGGCGUCCCCGUGGUGAGAACUGAAGGCAUCACAGAGUUGAUGGUGCUCGGCUCUAGAAUAGAAUGCCGCGAUGGCGCUGCAUGCUGCUGCUCGAGGGGCAUUUGGAAAAUUGGCAUUGACAUGGAUGCCCUUUCGGGAAGAUGACGGCUGUCUGAUUCCUUCCUUCUGAUUGCAUCUUCAUGUAUGAGACAAAAGCUGAGAUCAAUCAAAGAUACAUCAUUUAGGAAUUCAAUAGGGUGAAUGCACUAUGGUGGCAUCAGAAAAGUGGUCGUUGCUACUUUAUGAUGGUCGACAUGGACUGAAUGCUAAUGAUGGUUUCCAGCUGGAGGUGUUCGUGAGAUAGGAAAAAAGUGCUCAGAUGUUUAUCUGACAUAAAAAAUUUUGCACGAUGUCACGAUGUGUGAAUGUUUUUGGCCGAGCGGUUAUUGGUGCCGUUUAGGAUAGAUGCAGGAAGGCUCCUGAGUCCUGAUUGGUUGGGGUAAUGGACUUUUGAGGUAGCACAUUUAGGAGGAGCAGUAGUGGUGAUGGGGAAUAAGAUUGACUGGAAGAAACGGCCGAAGGAAGAGGAGGAGGAGGCAUGCUGCGAGCCGGCGGCGUGGUGGUGGUCCAAUUUUUUUAUGUUUUUUUUCGUGUGGAACCGUAGCAGGAUGACGAUACGUCGUUGAUGAGGUUUGUCGA